CUACAUUGGCAACUCGCGUGGAGCAUAAGAAUGGCUAAGUUUAGAUUCCUUUUCUCGUUUUUGCUCUCGCUCUGUCUUCUCCGAUCGUGCAUGAUUGCCACGGAAGAAAAUGUUGCGGCAAUCCAGUGGCCUGCUUCAAAAUAUGUCUCAGCAGUUGGACAACCCGGCAUGAAAAAUGACAAUCUAAGGGUCGCGAUCGAAGCCUGGAACCAGUGCAACGAGGUUGGUGAAGAAGCUCCUAAUAUGGGAAGUCCUAGAAUAGCAGAUUGCUUCGACGUUGACUAUUCUUCUGCAGCAAAGAAGUCGAGUCACAAGGUGAACAAAAUAGAAAAACGGCUUGGCAUAUUGAACGCCACGACAUACCGAGGAAUAAAGGCAUCCGUCGUGAACGAGUAUGCAGCUCAGAAAGAAGUCUACUUAGGCAACAAGUGCGAAGUAGUGGAUGUACCGAUGCCGUGGCAGUUCUGGAUGAUCAUGCUCAAGAGCGGCAAUUUGGACACCGUGUCCCAAAGGUGCAAGAAGAACGGCAGAGAGGCGCCCAUUUUCCCGCCCGAGCCGAGGUUCCCGUGCUUCGGAGACGGAUGCAUGAACAUGCCCUUGAUGUACCACGACUACACCAGCAUCCGCGAUCAUAACAAACUCCGAGGGAGGUAUUAUGGGACAUGGGACUUGGAUACCGACGUCAAGAAGGCAAUUCAUGCCGAUGAGACCUCGUUUUUCUCGGUGACGUGGGAGAAGGAGAUCGGAAAGGGGAGUUGGGUGUUUCAUCUUCUGCUGAAGACAUCGAAGAAGUAUCCAUGGCUGAUGCUCUACUUGAGGUCGGACUCGACGACGGGCUUCUCUGGAGGUUAUCACUAUGAAACUAGGGGAAUGACUAAAAUAGUUCCAAAAUCACCCGAUUUCAAGGUGAAGUUCACACUAGACAUAAAGCAAGGAGGAGGACCAAGCAGCCAGUUCUACCUGAUGGACAUUGGAAGCUGUUGGAAGAACAACGGGAAGCCGUGCGAUGGCAAUGUGAAGACAGACGUCACCAGGUACAGCGAGAUGAUUCUAAAUCCUGAGACGGAGGCGUGGUGCCGGUCGGACAACCUCAAGAACUGCCCGCCGAUCCACACCUUCCCGAAUGGGACCAGAGUCCACCGCACGGACGAGGCCGACUUCCCUUACGAAGCCUACCAUGUGUACUGCGCUCCUGGGAACGCCAGAGUCCAGGAAGAGCCAUACGCCCCGUGCGACGCGUACAGCAAUCCCCACGCCCAGGAAAUACUGCAAAUCCUGCCCCAUCCAGUGUGGGGAGAGUAUGGGUACCCUACAAAGAAGGGUGAGGGCUGGGUUGGCGAUCCUAGGACUUGGUAUCUUGAUGUUGGAAGGCUUUCUCAUUCACUUUACUUUUACCAGGAUCCAGGUACUGAACCCGUUGAAAGGCAUUGGCCAUCAAUCGAUUUGGGAACGGAAAUAUAUGUGAGCGAUAAUCAAGUCGCCGAAUGGACCGUAAGCGACUUCGACAUAAUUGUUCUGUCAGAAGGCAUAUGAAUAUAUGAUAUGACUAUAAUGCUUUUAUUUAUUUAUUUAUUAAUAGUGAUAGUA